UUAUCGUACUCUGGAUUUGCAUUUACAUGUUCGUCGACGUGUCGAAAUCCGAAAUGCAAAUAAAUCGUAAACAAAUAAUUCAAAUCUCUCGAAAAAACUGUUCAAACAUGGCGAUCGCGACGCUAUAUAGAUCCGUCGACGCGUAUCUUGCCAGUUCCAUCGACGACGAGUUUUCCAGACUACCUAUCAACGUUAGAGUCGCUUCACCCGAGAAAAUGUUCAGUCCAUGUUCGAUGAUUUUACUAGCUUCUCUAGUCGUCUCUUCAAAGGGAGACGUCCAUUGCCUCAUUUGCAGGCAAACGGUAUUCGAUAACUUUUGCACAAUCCACAAUUGCGGGCACGAAGUUUGCAUUAGGUGCCUCACUAAAAUUGUAUGUUCGGAAAAUCCUACGUGUCCCAAGUGCACAAAACGUAUUGACAAGGUGACCGGACCAAAUACGUACGAAUCGGAGCUGGACAAUUUCAAACGAGCCGUCGUGAACGACAACGUUGCCGACGAGAGGAUCAUCGCGCGCUACCGUCUCUUACCGCCGUGGCAAGUCGCCGAUCAAAAGAUGCUGCAGUCUGUCAAAGCGAUCGUAUACAAGUACGAUGCUGUGUUCUGGAACGCGGCUAUCCAGAAGAUAAGGAGCAACGUCGACGGUUAUACGUUCGUGGAGGACGUCAAAGAGCGGAGCAAACUUUUUUGCUUCAAGUUCGAUGAGGGGGAAACUGAGGUACACAUAUUGCACCAGUUCUACAAGCGAAGGCACUACGACGCCAACAAUGAGUAUGCGAUGCGAGAGUUCGCGUACGAGUGGGAGUCGGGCAACUCGUCCGGCAACGUCGUAUGACCGUGCGGUGGACCGAGCGAAUAAUCUUGUAUUUUAUCGAAAAUAAAAUCUUAUCUUUUGAGAUUGCCUGUAAAUAUAUUAAUGACGUUUUAAAAUAUAUAUAAAAAGUUACUAACCUUAUACAAUAAACGAUGAUUAUCAUUUAUUUAAUAUAAUAAAACUCAGUUAAAGCGGA